UGGAAAACAGAGUACGGAGGAUAGUGUGCAGUCUCCAAAUAGGCCGUUAACUACAAGCUAUAUAGCCGGCGCCAAAUAUUCUAUGUUCUCUUCCUGCUUCACUUAAAAAUCCAUAGACACUCUCUCUCUCACACCUUCUCGCACAUACUAUAAUUAUCUAUAUAGUAUAAUAUAUAUACACACCCAACACGUAUAUGUUUGUGUAGCUCAAGUACUGAUCACUCUUUUUGUCUUUUUUGACCUCAAAAAUCUGAAUUUUCUUGAUGGAUUCAAGUGGGUUUUCUUCACCAAGGACCGAUUGUUUUCCGGCGGGUCUUCGGGUUCUCGUGGUGGACGAUGAUCCUACAUGGUUGAAGAUUCUUGAAAAGAUGCUUAAGAAGUGCAACUACGAAGUGACAACGUGUAAUUUGGCAAGGGAGGCCCUGGACUUGCUCCGAGAAAGAAAGGAUGGCUUUGAUAUUGUAAUCAGUGAUGUGAACAUGCCCGACAUGGAUGGCUUCAAGCUUCUAGAGCAUGUUGGUUUGGAGAUGGAUCUACCUGUCAUAAUGAUGUCUGUGGACGGGGAAACAAGCAGGGUGAUGAAAGGGGUUCAGCAUGGUGCUUGUGAUUAUCUUCUUAAGCCGAUAAGAAUGAAGGAACUCCGAAACAUAUGGCAACAUGUCUUCAGGAAAAGGAUACAUGAGGUAAGGGAUAUUGAAGGUCAUGAAAGCCUCGAAGAACUUCAGAUGAUGAGAAGUGGAAUAGAGCAAUCGGAUGAUGGGUACUUCUUUAGUGGAGAUCUGGUUUCAGGUAAGAAAAGAAAGGAUGCUGAUAACAAGCAUGAUGAUAGAGUAUGCGGUGAUCCAUCCUCUGUGAAGAAAGCGCGGGUGGUUUGGACAGUAGAUCUUCAUCAGAAGUUUGUGAAAGCUGUGAAUCAGAUUGGAUUUGAAAAAGUUGGCCCCAAGAAGAUACUGGAUUUGAUGGGAGUGCCAUGGUUAACAAGAGAAAAUGUUGCCAGUCACUUACAGAAGUAUCGACUCUACUUGAGUAGGUUGCAGAAAGAGAAUGAGUUAAAAGCCACAUUUGGUGGGACAAAGAACUCAGAUAUCUCUUCAAAAGACCCCACUGGAAAUGUUUGCCUGCAAAAUUCAAUCGCUCAGAAUGCGACCACUGUGCAACAAAACAUUCUAGCAAAAGAAAGUUAUGCUGUUUCUGGGCAAAACAUUCUGAUCCAUAACGAUGAGCCAAAAAUCUGCGAGGGAAACGGAAAAGUGAUUCCUUCUAUGCCGACGACAGUGUCCAAGAAAGCUUUAUUCGGGGACACGGCUGAUCUUGCAAAAAGCAGUACCUCAAGAAUCAGUUUCAAUCACUCUUUCGGACCACUGGAUUCAGAUGUAAAAUCUGAACCUAAGAUCCAAGCUGAAUACUCCUGGAGCGCCGAAGUUCCAUCGUUUCAGUUCAAACAAGAGCAUACAGCACAUUUCCAUUCAGACCAUGGGUUUGAUCACCUUCCACUGCCCAUGCAUCACAACCAAGUUGAUUCUUUGGAACGUAGUCUCGCACAUAAUCCUGGAACUUCAAGCAAAGAAUCUGACACACGAGCACAAGCAGGACUCAACAAUAGAAGAAACCAAGGCAUCAAAAAUGUAACUCAAGCCGAAAAUACUGCUGCUUUGUUUUCUGUUCAACCUGAAAGCCACUUGACAGAUUGUCAUGCAAUUGAUCCAAUCCAAUGCUCCAUCUGGAACUCAAAGAACCACUGCUUGCAGCAGAAUCUAUUCGAUGAUCUCCAAUCUUCCCAGAGAAACUUGCUUGCUGGAACUGGAUCGGCUCUUAGGUUGUGGGGUGAAGAAUUCAAUGAUUAUUCUUCUCAAGGUGAUUUCUAUCCACCGAAUACUUUCCUUGGGAAUAUUGAUCCAUUUGGUUACAGUAAUCACGAGCUCAUUGCUGAUGUGCCACCAAACUUGUAUGAAUCAUUGAAGUUCGACUCUGAGUAUCCGACUGAUCCUGUGGAAUAUCCUAUAGACCAAGGUCUAUACAUUGCAUGAUACUUUUACUUAUUACUAGGAUAUGUAGUUUACUGGUUGGGUAUCUUCCAUUGAAGAAAGGUAACUUUCUAAUUUACAAGUUACCUGGAGUGUAACAGAAACUAUCUUCCGCUUUUGAUGUAGUGGAACCCCUCGAUGUUGCAGCAUGUAUCAUAAGAAGACCGCGAUACUAAGCAUAAUGAACAAGCAUCUGUGAGCACUUGCACAAGAAGAAGGUGCCAUGGUUAAAUUCAUACGUGAACACAAAAAUUAUGCGAAGUCUAACUAUUCCUGUAUAUCUAAUCCUAAUCUGUGGUCCUUUUGUUUUUUUGGUUCAAGCCGCCUAUGGCUACGGGAUUACGUCUACUUAGGGAGAGGGGAAUUCAGGGCUUCAUUUCCAUCAGAUUAAAAAGAGACUUAAAA